AUGGCAGCAGGAUAUGAAACAACAGCAACUGCUUUGGCUUAUGCUACAUAUGUACUAGCCAAACAUCCAGAUGUUCUUAAAAAACUUCAAGAUGAAAUUGAUCAACUUCCAAUAGACAGCGAUGAUAAUAUUAGUGACGAAAAAAUAAAAGAACAUCCUGAAUAUAAUGUUGUUACACACUUAUCAUAUAUGGAUAUGUUUAUUCUGGAAGUAUUAAGAAUGUAUCCAAUUGGUAAUUCUGGUCUUCAACGAUGUGCUAUGGAAGAUACAGUUGUACAAGGAAUUAACAUUGAAAAAGGUACUUCGGUGCAUGCUGAUUUUUAUUCGAUUCAUUAUGAUCGCGAACUGUGGGGUCCUGAUGAUCCAUAUAUUUUUCUACCUGAACGUCACAAAAUCAAACGUCAUCCAAUGGCGUUUAUGGCAUUUGGAGCAGGUCCACGAAAUUGUAUCGGUAUGCGUUUUGCAUUGAUCGAAAUGAAAAUGCUAUUGACGAGACUUCUUCGUGAAUAUACGAUUCUUCCAGGUGAACAUCUUGAAAGUAAUUUCAACAUCCAUGAAGAAUUAUUUGUCGUACCAGAAGCAAUUUGGAUCAAAUUAGUCAAAAGAGAAACAUAA